AUUUUCUAUUCAUAUUCUUUCUCUCUCUAAAUCACAUCGUGCAGUGUUCUCUUCUUUCUCACUCCUCUCUGUAAGAUCCACGAACCCUAGCAAACCCCUCCCGCAGAGAGGAGACUCUUCCUCUACCUGCUCCCUUCACCUACUCCUUCUUCUCAGUUGUGUUGUUAGCUUUUUGAAAUCAUUGUAAUGGCAGCUUCAGAGCAGCAAGUUCCAACCCAAGCUCCGGCACCUGAUGUUGUUGGUCAUGCUUUUGUUGAUCAGUACUACCAUAUGUUGCAUGAAAGCCCUCAGCUUGUGCAUAGGUUUUACCAAGAGAUCAGUAAGCUUGGUCGUCCUGAACCAGAUGGUAUAAUGGGCAUCACAACCACAAUGAAUGAAAUUGACAAGAAGAUACUGUCAUUGGGUUAUGACGAACUAAGUGCAGAGAUUAUAUCUGUGGAUGCACAAGAGUCCUAUGGUGGGGGAGUCAUUGUCUUGGUCACUGGGUUUAUGAUAGGAAAGGAUGACAUUAAGCAGAAAUUUACUCAAUGUUUCUUCCUUGCUCCUCAAGAGAAAGGCUACUUUGUUUUGAAUGAUGUUUUCCGCUAUGUUGAGGAAAAUGAAAUCAAAGGAUCUGAUCAUGAUAUUGAAUUUUCUGCCUCUCCUGACAAAGUCUCAGAUCCUCCUGUGCUGGAGACUCAAGUUUCAGAGCAAAUAUCUGUGAGUUAUGAGGAUGGUGAUGGGGAAGAAGUCAAUCCAGAAAAUGAGCAAGUGGCUGUUGAAGAAAAGGAAGCUCCUGUUCCUGAGGUUCUUGAUGAAAUUCCUGAUGAUUCACAGAAGGUUGCUGGGUUGCCAUCCCAAACUGAAGAACUACCAAAGAAGUCAUAUGCCUCUAUUGUUAAGGUCAUGAAAGAGGGGGCACCACCGUCGCCCAAAGUGACAGCUGCUUCUGUGAAACCUGCCAGUAAGAUUCAAGAACAGCAGAGUACUGCUGCACCGCCACUACUCAGCUUGUCAGAAAGAAAUAAUUCUAUUAUAAAUACUAAUGGAGGUGGAAACAAUCAAGAAACUGAAGCAGAAGGUUAUUCGAUUUAUGUGAAAGGUUUGCCUGGAAAUGCUACACCUGCCCUUCUUGAGAAUGAGUUCAAGAAAUUUGGUCCUAUUAAGAGUGGUGGUAUCCAAGUUAGGAUGCAAAAGGGAUUUUCCUUUGGCUUUGUGGAAUUCGAAGUGGCAAGUGCUGUGCAAAGUGCGCUUGAGGUUUCACCAAUUCUUAUCAAUGGCCGACAUGUCGUCGUAGAGGAAAAGAGAUCAACUAACAGAGGUUACAGGGGGCGGUUCUCAUCUGAAAGAGCACCCAGUUUCAGGGGUGACGCAAGAGGCCGUGGAAAUUAUGGAAAUAGCCGAAGUUUUGGCCGUGGAGAAUUCAACGGUCGUGGAGACAACAACGGUCGUGGAGACAACAAUGGUCGUGGAGACUUCAAUGGCCGUGGUAACUUCAACGGUCGUGGAGACUUUAAUGGCAGAGGGGAAUAUGGAUAUAGGAAUGGCAACCGAGGAGGGUUUUCAAGCCGUGGAGGUGAUGGGUAUCAGAGAAACGAUUAUAUGGGAACCAAUGGUGGCCGCAUGAAUCGUACUGGCGGGUCCUCUGUUAAUUCAGCACCCAAACCUGCUCCUCGUGUUCCUGCCUCUGCUUGAGGAAGCUAUGCAUCAAAGAGUCAGACUGAUUGAUAGUAUUACAAUUUGAAGUAACUGAAGCAAUUGGAAUUAGAUAGAAUUAAAUAGCAAACCUUUUUUAGAUGAGUUAAUUUUUUUGGUCAUUUUUCUGAUAUUGGAGGUCUUGGGAAAAGGUAGUUUCUGAUUUCUGUUCAUUAUAUAAUGAAUCUAGCCUAGUUUUUGUGCUUCCCCAGUUUUAUGAAAAUAUAUAUACUUGGGGUAUCAUUUUUUGAUAUAUUCUAGUAUUUGGUAGUUGUGACUGGAGAUGUAUGCUACCACCAUUACUUUCAGGGAAAUGAUUAAAACUUGGUAGUGUUAAAUCUGA